AAAAAGGAAGAAACGAGCUUCACGCCAGAAGACGCGGUUCUGGCAUCUGUUGGUAUUGUGAAGUGUAGCCCUGACCGUGGGCUGCUGGUGUCAGAGAGCAUGUUCCUGGCCCUGGAGGAGCUGAUUCAAGCGUGCUGUGCGGAAGAUGAAGGUGUGCCCCUGGUUCUGGUGUGUGGCCCAAAAAACACUGGGAAAUCGACAUUUAAUAGAUACCUAAUCAAUCUGUUACUGAAUCGCCUUCCCUCGGUUGAAUAUAUGGAAUGUGACAUAGGUCAAACCGAAUUUACGCCACCUGGAUGUGUGUCUUUAAGUAACGUAACGGAGCCAAUUCUUGGCCCACCAUUCACUCAUCAACAAAUGCCACGUAAGAUGGUGUAUUACGGACAGACUAGUUGUGAGCAGGAUACAGAACGAUACCUCGAUGUCGUGAAGUACGUGUUCAGCUCCUACAAGAAGGAAGUGCCUUUAGUCGUCAACACCAUGGGCUGGGUGAAAGGUGAGGGGUUGCUGCUUCUGAUUGAUAUCAUCCGGCUGUUGUCACCCAGCCACAUUGUUCAGAUGGACGUAUACGACUGGAAAGCCAUGGCUCCGCUCACCCCGCAGUACGUCCACCUGACGCCUGGCCUGUACACCAAGGGCAAGCAGCAAGGCAAGUGCAAGCAGAUGGGCGGGAGUGGAGCGGAGGACUGGAAGCCCUCUGAGGAGGAGGGAGAUGCAUCGGCUCCUGAGUAUAAGCUGCUGUAUGUCCAUCCAGAAUUCCCUCGAGCAGGGGUCGCAGGUGAAGCGCGAGUGCACAGCGGCAUUUUGCGUGACAUGUCCAUCCUGGGUUACCUGGGUCAGCUGCAGUCCCCAGACAUAGGGGCCGUGCUCCCACUCCACAGUCUUGUGCCCUACCAGGUACCUUUCAAUGCCGUUGCGCUCAGGGUUAUUCACACCGAUGUUGCUCCGACCAAUAUCAUGUAUGCAGUGAACGCCGGCUGGGUCGGGCUCUGUAGGAUACCAGAUGAAAUCAGCUGCCAAACUGACGGGCCCGUCUUGCUGACGCAGACACCGGUCUGUGAUUGCCUUGGCUUUGGAAUCGUCCGAGGAGUUGAGAUGGAGAAGAAGCUUUACCACAUUCUGACGCCAGUGCCGCCGGAGAACCUGCGAGCAGUGAAUUGUCUGCUCCUUGGCAGUAUUGCCAUCCCCAACUGCGUUCUCGUGGGCCAGCAAGGAGUUGAGGGAGAGAUCCCUUAUGUCACAUCUGAUUAUAACUACAGCAUCCUGGGGUCUGGGAAGCUGAAAAAGAAGAAGCAUUUCAAGAGGAGGGAGUAUGCGUUCGAGUGUGAUUACACCUAAAGCUGGGGGACUCGGAGCGUGGAAUUGUUUCGGCUGGAGGCUGGCGAGAGCCAAGGGUGGUUGCGGAGGUCUGGGUGCUACAGAGCUCCGAGAGGCCCCAGGCAAGACUCUGCUGUAGGUGCUCCAGUAUGUC